UGAACAUUAUGCGUGUAUAUUAAUUUUUAUUGUAUUAUUUUCUUUUGUAGGUCUUUCCGGGGCCCUGACAAAUAGCAGCUUCUGUUUUUCUCUCUAUCAUUUUUCUCAACCAAGCCCGCCCCGAAAAUCAACAACAAAACAAACCCAAAACAAUAUAACAACAAAAAUUAUAACAACAGCAAAAAAAAACAAAAAAAACUUCUUCCCCUGGUUUGAACAUGGUUCAAGUUUUAGUAAAGCCCAAGGACUUUACAACAAAUAAUAAUAUAAUAGUUACUAGAUUCUAUAACUCCUUCCCAUUCACUUGCACGGCACCUGUGAUUGUAAACUGUAAUUAACCCUCUCUAGUGGAAUGUCUAUUUCUCAUAGAGCCCAAAGGAAGUUUAUAAGAACCAUUUUCAUUGGCUGUUUUCAUUGAACUAACCAAUGAGAACAGGUUACAUCAAACAAGCCUUGGAUAUCAUUUGUUUACAACAUGGCGUCUACUCAUGGCUAUCCAAAGUGGCUUAUUGGUUGUAAAGAUGACAUCACAAACUCAAAGGAAUGGAAUUCUUUUGUCAGUGAGUUACAUGAGGCCAUCCAGCAGCAGCUCACAGAGAGUCAUGUCCAGUAUUUUACAGAUUUGUCAGAGCCAGAAAAAGAACUGUUCAUGCAGAGGGCCACAAAAGCUCUUGAAGGAGGCACAACGUCUCGGAAUUUGUUUCUUAAAGUGUCUGGAUUGAUGGACCAACGCCUGAAUGACCAGGUCAGCAAACAGUUACUGGAUGACUACCCCACUGACACACGUUCCGAUCUGGUGAUUGAAGCUGCAGAGGACGGAGCAAUGAGUCUGCUAAAGCGUUGGCCAGAUAUGAAAAAUAAGCUGCAUAUCUGCUUCAAUCAGCCUCUGCAAGAACCAAUCAGGCAACUUGCCUGGCACCUGUAUCUCAAUGAUCCUAGAGCACGAAAAACAUAUGUGGAUUUGCUGAAUGGAAAUCCCCGCGCAGCUAUUUCUCAACAUGACGUGGACAUCUCUCAGAAAGUGGAAGGGAUGGUUCUGGCAGAGCCUACGUUCAGUGACCUCAAAGGUUCUGUGGGCGCCUUUUACGCAAUGAAAGCCACCCUUUCCUACCACCACGCAAAACUAAAAACCAAACAAAGACUUAAAGAUGUUGAAUUUUUUCUGGUGGUACCUUUUGUUGUGGUCGCUCAGAACAGCCUGUCUAGGAGAGAACCAGCGUCGGGGAAAGUUGUUGCACUUUUGGUGGAAGAAUACCUGACCUAUUUAACGACCCGUCCUGGCUUUGUCAUUGAUUCUGGAUCUGAGACCCACAAUGAGGAGAUGCAAGGUUUCAUCAGCAAAGUUGCCUCAAUCCUGGAGAAGCACUAUUCCCAAACUGCUGCUCUGGUCUCCAAAGUCUUCACACCAUCCAGAGAGAAAAUUGUGGCAACAGAGAAAGGUUCACGGGCUGUGCUGGUGGAUGGCUUGAUGGAGCUGGUUCGUCCAUUGGCAAGGACCAUGCUGGUUGGAUACUUGAACUUUGAGACUCUGCUGUAUGUGUGGGACCAGUAUAUCAUUGGCCUCGACGUGCCUGCCUUCAGUGCUGAGUGGCUCUCCGUCGUCGUAGCAACCAUGCUAGGUUUAGAGCAUGAGAAGCUAAAGGACUGUCAGACUCCCGGGGCAAUGGAGUCGGUCUUGAACAAGGAGAGCCCUCGCCUGACUGUGCAGCAGUUCCAAUACCAGGUGAAACGCUACCACUACCGCGAUCUGUUUGCCCUGCUCACGUCUGACCAGAAGGCAGCCAUGCCAGUGUUGGACCCUACGCAAUCUGUGCACCCUCCGUGGCGGCACUGGUACAACGAUCAGAUACCUCCAUACACCCAGCCACAGGACCGACGCAAGGCCAGAGAGGAGCGGGAGGCUGAGCGGGAAAGGUUGCUGCAACAGCAGAAAGAUGCGGAGAGAAAGAGGAGAGAAGGAGAGCUACGGGACAGGAAAGCCAAUGAAGGUGAGAUGAUGAAAACAGCUGCCAUGGAACGUGCUCUCUUGGACAAAGAAAGGAUUGACCUGGAGAAUGAACUAGCCGAGGAACGAAGACGACGCCAGGACGGAGAACGCAGAGCACAAGAUGAAAUAGAACAGCUGAAGCGAGAACUUGCUGCUCUAAAGAGGCCAGCCCAGAGGUCACCAAACCCAUCUGUGUUGAGUAUGGGUUCCUACAUCAGUCGCAUGCUGAUCCCCCCACCCCCCACCCCGGCCUCUCUCGUGUCCGCCCUGCCGCCCAUCCCCGAGACGGCCCCGUCCACCCCCGCCCCGAGCGUGCACCCACAGCAGCAGGCUGAAGAGGUUGUGCUCGACUUCCUCACACGCAUCAGGAAAAGCAUGGACAAGAUUGCCGGUGGGGAAGGGGAGGAGGCGAGCGAGCUGGACGCGGAGACCAGGAAGUACAUUCACAACAACGUGGAGGACCUGAAGAGGGCUCAGAUGGAGGUGUUUGGUCACCGUCUGCAGCCCGGAGAGUUUGAGCGGAUGGACGCGCAGCAGCAGAAGAAAAACAGCGACCAGAUGAUGGCCCUCAUCCAGAAGUGGCGGGAGGACCGACGUGCCCGCGAACUGCGACAAGGGAGAUAGACGUGACCGUGAGCUACGACAAGUGAGAUAGAUGUGACCGUGAGCUGCGACAAGGGAGAUAGACGUGCCUGCAAGAUGCGACAAGGGAGAUAGACGUGACCGUGAGCUACGACAAGUGAGAUAGACGUGACCGUGAGCUACGACAAGUGAGAUAGACGUGACUGGGAGCUGCUACAAGGGAGAUAGACGUGCUGGUGAGCUGCUACAAGUGAGAUAGACGUGCUUACGAGCUGCGACAAGUGAGAUAGACGUGACCGUGAGCUGCGACAAGUGAGAUAGACGUGACCGGGAGCUGCUACAAGGGAGAUAGAUGUGACCGUGAGCUGCUACAAGGGAGAUAGACGUGACCGUGAGCUGCUACAAGGGAGAUAGAUGUGGAGCUGCGACAAGGGAGAUAGACGUGACCACGAGCUAUGACAAGGGAGAUAGACGUGCCAGACUCAGUUCGCAGCAAAGUGAUGGUUGGUCGUCUCUUUGAACUGCUGUUGAACGGAGGGCUGCACAACUUAAAAGAGAUAAUCUUUACAAGAAAAAAGACCCUAUAUAUAUGUCAUAUGGCAAUUGGUUAUGAUUCGGAAAACAGCAUCUUUAUUAGAAAAAAACCCUAUAUCAUAUGGCAAUAGGUUAUGAUACGGAAAACGGUACACAGUACAUUAAAAAUAGUGCUGUUUAGUGUCUCUGUAUUGUUCAGUGUCAAAGAAAAUCGUGUUUACUUCUCUGCGAGAAGCAGCUAUAGGCUAGUACAGUUGACUCUGCUUGUGUUGAACUCGCUUGAGUUGGUCUGGGGUUAAGCUGAUCUUUUUCUCGGGACCCAACACCUCUUUUGCUUCAUAAGUCCCAACAGUUAAGUUGAAUUUCGAAUGAGUUGAUCUUUUCUCCCUCCUCCAGCGCCGUCAACUCGUCCGUAGUCGACUGUAAUAUACUAUCAAAGACAGUGCACUCUGACAUAACUCCAGCUGUGUGUGGAGUGCACCAUUUGUGUCACGACGCGGUGGAAUCAGGCGCUCGUCAAUUUUUGGACGUGUCGAGUUACUGAUGUAAU